AUGCACAACCCAACCACCAACCACCAGGAACUGUGCAAGCUGCCUGAGAGUCCCUUCAUAGGCAUUGUACGGGCGGCAGUGCAUCUGCUGUUUGAGCGAGUGGAGUACAUGGACAUCGAGUGUGUGCAACGCCUCAGCGCAUGGCUCAGCUGGCACUUUAGCAACAUAGACUUCAAGUGGGAGUGGCACGAGUGGUCGGAG